GUGCAUGACAGUUAUGGUCAAGCUACCAGUGAGACUCUCGAGUCUGAACACCGAACGAGAUCACCAAAUCGAACACGACAGAAUCCAGCACACAAUGUCACAGCAACAGCAACAGAUUGAUCCCAUGCAAAUCCCGCUGCCUCAAUUGAAGGCUAUGCACAAUACCAUUGGCGAGGAAAUUGAGACGUUCACAAACUCUUUUGCGCAACUCAAACAAGUCCAUGCCAAGUAUAAUGACUGUAUGGAGAGUCUUGGAUAUAUGACGCCAAAGAGUGAAGGCAAAACGCUCCUCGUCCCGCUCACAAGUUCAUUGUAUGUACCAGGAGAGCUCGCAGACUUGGAAAACGUGAUACUGGAUGUUGGAACCGGGUAUUACAUCGAAAAGCCAAUCCCCGAAGCAAAGGAUUAUUACAAACGAAAGAUCGAAUAUGUCAAGAGUAACCUUGAUAAAUUGCAGGAAACCAUUAAUGAUCGCCGAAAGCGGUAUGGAGAUUUGACAGAUUUGAUCAAUUUGAGGGUAGCUUUGCUACAGAAGGAACAAGGGCAGGCUGGGAAGGCUCAGGCUUAGUAACGUAAACUGUAUAAUAUAUAUCCUAGAAGCAAUUUGAGCGGACAAGAUAUACCGAGGUUUGACCAAUAUGCUCAAGGUCGGGAAGGAAGUCCAGCCAUUGAGAAAAGAUGUCGUGGAGUGUGGGUUGGCUGGAGUACAUCGUAACAAGAUCUCUACUCGAGUUGCUCACUUCUCAUCCAGGCGACCGAAAUGAGUUUAUUGCAAGGUACAGAUUCGUAUGAUUAUUGAUAAGGAAAUCAAAGUACUCGAAGAGCACUAAAGGCAUUAAACUAAAGUAUA